CCUCGGAGGUACUCUGGUUACCGCGACGCGAUUGACGACCAUACCUUUUGUUGACUGCAGCAGAGCCUGAUUCUUUCAUAAUUUCUUCGGUCUUGACGCCGACUCUCGAUUUUGCUUCUUGCAGCGGUCUAUCUAUCCUGCUUUCCCGCACCGUGUAUCCUGUCUUGCAUUGGGAAUUGACCACCGAUAUCCGGUCUUACGAUACAAGAUGUCUCUCACCAACCUCUCCCACGUUAUCUCCCACCUGAACAAUGUCACCAAGGCUCGCCUCGGUCUCACCUCGAUCCCCAACACCAAGCUACACCUGAAGCUCUGCCUUGCGCUGCAAAAUGACGGAUUCAUCUCUACCGUUGUUCGUGGCGGUCCAACUCCCCCGGCUCCGCAUCAGCUCCUUGGCCACCCCAGCUCCGAGGACAUCGAACCUGUGACCCAAGCGAACAUCGCCUCCAGACGCCUCUGGCUCGGAUUGAAGUACUGGCGCAGCGAGCCGGUUCUGGGCAAGAUGAAAAUGAUCAGCACGCCCAAACGGAGAGUUACCGCCAAGCUCGAAGUCCUCCGGCGCGUAGUCCAAGGCCACAACACCCCCUAUAUCGAGGGUCUGCGGUCGCCGGGUGAGAGCUUGUACAUCUCGACGGAUAAGGGCAUCAUGGAGGCGAGAGAGUGCGUUGAAAAGAAGAGUGGCGGUCUGGUCCUGUGCCGGAUCAG